GGAAUGGGGCUCGGACGGGGGCCAUUUUGCCGAAGGCAUCCUGCGGGAGUCAGGAACAGCCUGGCGGCAGGCUGAAGCCAUUCCUUUUCCUUCUUUGCAGCUUGGGGCUUGUAGAGGAACAGAAAGGCCGGGCUCCUUCGAGCCCUCGGAGACGAUGGUGUCCUCCAGCCUCCGCCACCUGACGACGCUCUAUGGCGGCGGCUCCCUCCGCGCUACUCUUCCUGCCACCCCUUCCAACUCUCUUUGCUUACCGCCUCCAAAGCCCCGGCCGUCUUUCCUCCGCAGAGACUGAUAGUCCAGGUGGGGACACCAUGAGAGGCGAGAAAAACUGCUGCCGUGGAGCUGCUGGAGCUUCCUGCCCCCCGACACCUUCACCUCUGGCGCCUCUGUCCUCAACUCUCUUGAUGUCCGCGGAGGCAAUCUCCAGUAGUUGGUCCGGGUCUGGAGGUGGUUUGUCAGGGGGAGAUGAAGAGGAGACUCGGCUUCUUCAACUCCUUCGAACCGUGCCAGACCCUUCCGAGGCCUUCCAGUCUUUGCAGGCUGCUUUGCCGCGGCGGGGCGGUCGACUAGGCUUCCCCCGAAGGAAGGAAGCUUUGUAUCGAGCCCUGAGCCGAGUCCUUGUGGAAGGAGGUAGUGAUGAAAAGCGACUCUGCUUGCAACUCCUCUCAGACGUUCUCCGGGGUCAAGGGGAGGCAGGCCAACUGGAGGAAGCUUUUAGUUUAGCACUUCUGCCUCAGCUAGUUGUUUCUUUGCGAGAAGAGAAUCCAGCCUUGCGGAAAGAUGCGCUGCAGAUCCUGAACAUAUGUCUGAAACGUAGUUCUGAACAGGUGCUGAGAACGCUUAUACAGCAAGGACUGGAAAGUAGUGAUGCCCGGCUUAGAGCUUCCACAGCACUACUAUUUCCUGUCUUGCUUACUCCUGAGGAUUUGUUGCUCGGCCUAGACCUUACCGAGGUGAUAAUAUCUCUAGCCCGGAAGCUUGGCGAUCAGGAAAUAGAAGAGGAAUCUGAGACAGCUUUCUCUGCACUUCAACAGAUUGGGGAGCGACUUGGCCAAGAGAAGUUUCAGUCCUAUAUCUCUCGCCUGCCGUCUGCUCUGAGGAGACAUUACAAUCGCCGCCUGGAGUCCGAGUUUGGGAACCAGUUUCCUUAUUAUUUGGAACUUGAAGCCUCAAGAUUUCCUGAAGAUCCCCUUCCUUGUGCAGUGACUCUUUGCAACAACAAUCUAAAAUUUGGGAUUAUUCCUCAGGAGCUGCAUUCAAGACUGUUAGAUCAAGAAGAUUAUAAGAACCGAACUCAGGCCGUUGAGGAACUAAAACAGGUGAUGGGACGAUUUGACCCUAGUUCUACCCCUCAUUCUAGUCUUGUUGGUUUCAUUAGCUUGCUGUACAAUUUGUUAGACGAUUCUAACUUCAGAGUGGUCCAUGGUACACUUCAGGUCCUGCAUGUACUGGUUAUUCGCCUUGGAGAGCAGGUGCAACAGUUUUUGGGACAAGUUAUAGCAGCUUCUGUCAAAGUGCUGGCAGACAACAAAUUGGUGAUCAAACAAGAAUACGUGAAAAUCUUCCUGAAGCUAAUGAAGGAAGUAGGUCCUCAACAAGUGCUUUGUUUACUCCUGGAACAUCUCAAACAUAAGCAUUCCAAAGUGAGAGAGGAGGUGGUGAACAUUUGCAUCUGCUCCCUCCUGACUUAUCCCAGUGAGGAUUUUGAUUUACCCAAACUGUCUUUUGAUCUUGCCCCAGCUCUUGUAGAUAGCAAACGCAGGGUACGCCAAGCAGCUCUCGAAGCCUUUGCUGUGUUGGCAUCAUCCAUGGGCUCAGGUAAAACCAGCAUCCUUUUCAAAGCUGUAGAUACUGUUGAACUGCAGGAUAAUGGAGAUGGAGUGAUGAACGCUGUACAGGCCAGAUUGGCUAGGAAAACCCUCCCAAGGUUAACAGAACAGGGAUUUGUGGAAUAUGCAGUACUUAUGCCAUCAUCUGUCCAAGGUAGGUCAAGUCAUUUGGCACAUGGAGCAGAUACAGACUGGCUUUUGGCUGGUAACAGGACUCAGAGUGCACACUGUCACUGUGGUGACCACGUGAGGGAUAGCAUGCAAACUUACGGAUCUUACAGUCCAACUGUUUGUACCCGAAGGGUUUUAAGUGCAGGAAAAGGAAAAAAUAAAUUACCAUGGGAAAAUGAGCAGCCUGGAGUCACGGGAGAAAGCCAGACCUCCAAUUCCAAGGAUAUAGAACAGUUUUCAGCAUAUGAUUUCAUCCCAUCUCCAAAAUUAAAGCCCUCUCAAGGAAUGACAGUCAAUGAUGAUUUAUGUUUUAGCAGAAAAAGAGUAUCAAGAAACUUAUUUCAGAAUUAUCGGGAUUUUAACCCAGAAUCUCUUCCAGUAUGUGCUGCUGGCACUGCUGGGACUUAUCAGAAAAAUCUUUCUGGGAAAUGUACACAAGUUGGAUUUUCACAGAUACGUGGUAAAACUGGCAGUGUGGACUCUGACAUGCAGUACCUGGGAACUACUAACAGUCAUCAUGAUGAAGUGUAUGCUAGCCUAAAUUUUGGCAGUAAGACACAGCAAACAUUUGGUGGUCAAACAGAACGUACUUCACCAUACUCUGGUAUAAAUCCAAGUCCAGGAGGCCUCAUUCUUCCAUCCUGUCCUCUCUCAUCACCUCGAACUAGUCCAAAGCACAAAUCUCUUACUGUAUCUCCAAAGAAGUCUCAAGAUAAUUCCAUUAAUUUCUCAAAUUCCUGGCCUCUUAAAAGCUUUGAAGAACUAUCUAAGCCAAGUCCACAGAAAAAGCUUGUUAGCCAAAAAUUGUCUGACCAUGCAGGAGAAAAUUCUCAAGAAAAAUCGUCUCCAGUUCAACUAACACCUGCCUUGGUGAGAUCACCAUCUUCCAGACGAGGCCUAAAUGGGACCAGGCCUGUUCCUCCCAUACCAAGAGGAAUCAGCCUUUUGCCUGAUAAAGCUGAUUUAAGCACAGUGGGACCCAAAAAGAAAGAGCCUGAUGAUAUUUGUAAGAGUGAAAAAGAUAGUCUUAUAAUUGAUCUUUCAGAAUUAAACAUUAGGGAUGAAGAUUUGGAUCAAGAAGAGAUGCAGAACUCUCUUAGGUCCCUUCGUAAUAGUGCAGCUAAGAAAAGAGCCAAACUGAGUGGCAGUACUUCUGAUCUUGAAAGCCCUGAUUCUGCAAUUAAGCUUGACUUGACUAUGGACUCCCCAUCUCGAUCUUCUUCUCCAAACAUCAGCUCUUACAGUGAAAGUGGAGUUUACAGCCAAGAAUCAUUGACUUCUUCUCUCUCUACAACUCCCCAGGGGAAGAGAAUAAUGACAGAAAUAUUUCCAACAUUUGGAUCAAAACAUUGUCCAACAAGACUUUGUUCUGCAAAGAAUAAAAACUCUCAGAUAGCUGAACAAAGCCUCAUUACAGGGACUACAACAUCCAGUGUAAGCAUAAUCGGUCAACGUAUGAACUAUGGGUUUGGAUGUGGUGAUUUUGAAGAUGAUAGGUCACAUGACAUUUCACCUAGUGUUUUAAAAAUACAAAAUAAGGAACACCCAAGACAUUGUAAGCAUACAAAAGGAUUUACAGUGUCAUCAAAUUCACAGCAGAUUUCCAGUUUUGACUUCACAUGUACACAUACUUUAUCAGAAGACUCAGUAGUAGUUGUUGGAAAAGGUGUAUUUGGAAAUCCAAAUUCAGCACUGGCAGCUUCCUGCCAAUCAAUGAUAUCUUCUGUGGAAAAUGGGGAUACAUUUCCAAUUAAAGAAAGUAUUGAACCACCAUCAGGGAUAUAUGGAAAAGCAGUCACCCAGAGUAUUCCAUCAUUUGUUGAUGUUGAGAAUGAAAAAGAUAUUAAAGUUUCUAUUACAAAAUCUACUUAUGACAAGAUGAGACAGAGAAGAAAAGAGGAAAAAGAACCUCUUGACAUUAAAGAUUGUGAAAAGAAGGAACAGAAUCCCUGGGAACAAUUUAAACAUACAGACUUAAAUGUUUUUGGAGAUGAGGUGGGGAUAUCAAAAAAUGAGUGUUCCCUUUUAGCAAACAUUGCCUUCAGUCCUCCAUUGAAAGCAGGGACCAGUUUAAAAAGGUCAGCAUCUUUAGUUUUUUCAGAUUCAGGUGAAGCAUCUCCUAGAACCAUUUCACAGUAUAAAGAAAGGAUAUCUCCUGUCACUCAAAGUCCAGAGAUAAUGGACUCAUCAGAACUACAGCCAUUUUCCAAACCAGAAAUAGCACUGACAGAAGCUCUCAGGCUUUUAGCUGAUGAGGAUUGGGAGAAGAAAAUUGAGGGAUUGAAUUUUAUUAGAUGCUUAGCUGCUUUUCAUUCUGAAAUAUUGAACACAAAGUUGCAUGAAACAAGUUUUGCAGUAGUUCAAGAGGUGAAAAAUUUACGCUCUGGAGUUUCUCGUGCUGCUGUGGUCUGUUUAAGUGAUCUUUUCACUUACCUGAAAAAGGGCAUGGAUCAAGAACUAGAUACUACAGUAAAAGUUUUGUUGCACAAGGCUGGAGAAUCAAAUACGUUUAUAAGAGAAGAUGUUGACAAAGCAUUGAGAGCUAUGGUCAAUAAUGUAACCCCUGCACGGGCAGUUGUUUCUCUUAUCAAUGGAGGACAAAGCCAUUUACACAUUGCAGUAAGAAAAUGUACAGCUCAGCACUUAUCAGAUAUAGUGGAAAUUAUGGAACCAGAGCGUAUUUUAUCUGGAACAAAGGAUAUGGCUGACCGUUUAUUACCAGCUGCUGCCAAGUUUGCUCAGGACAGUUCACAAGAAACCAGGUAUUAUGGUCGAAAGAUGCUCUUCCUCAUGAUGUGUUAUCCUAACUUUGAUAAAAUGCUUGAAAAGUAUGUCCUAUCCAAAGAUUUGCCAUAUAUUAAGGAAUCUGUUAAAAGCUUACGGCAAAAGGGUUUGGGAGAGAUACCGCUAGAUACCCCUUCAGCAAAAGGAAGACGAUCUCAUACCAGCAGUGUUGGAAAUACAAGGUCAUCAUCUGUUUCUAGAGAUGUUUUCAAUUCAACUGAAAGAGAGGUAACUGAAAUUCAUGAUGUCACCAGAAAAUCAGUCCCCCGAAAUUCCGUAGAAAGUGCUGAGUACAUUAAAGUCAUAACUAGUUUAUUAAAUGCAAAAGACUUUCGUGAUCGUAUUAAUGGAAUUAAACAGCUUUUAUCAGAUACUGAAAAUAAUCAAGAGCUUGUUGUUGGAAAUAUUGUGAAGAUUUUUGAUGCUUUUAAAUCUCGACUUCACGAUUCCAAUAGUAAAGUAAAUCUGGUGGCUCUAGAAACAAUGCACAAAAUGAUUCCUUUGCUUAGAGACAAUUUAUCUCCUAUAAUCAACAUGCUAAUUCCAGCAAUAGUAGAUAAUAAUCUGAAUUCCAAGAAUCCAGGCAUCUAUGCUGCUGCCACAAAUGUUGUUCAGGCACUGAUUCAGCAUGUAGGUAAGAAAUCUUACUUUGCUAAUCAAAUUAUUUUGACUUUUCUUUCAUAUUUUCUGAUUCUGUAUAGAAGAAUUUUUUGUAAUGCUAAAAUCCUGGCUAUUCAAUUUUUGUCAUUUAAUGUGAUAACAUUUUUAAAAUUUUCUCAACAGUAUUUUAAAUUAUUUGUAGUGAUAAAAUACUAUCCCAUUAAAUUGACUUUCUGUUUCCUUAUCUUUGACUUUUUCAAUUUUUUUUCCUGCCUUAAUCUCCCAUUUCAUAUACACUCAGAAUUGCUUAUAGAUUUAGAUAUAAAACUGAACAGUAAAACUUUUAGAAGAUACUAUAUAAGAAAAUCCUAAGGACCAUAGUGCUUGGUGAAGAGUUGUUAACAGGACACUAAAAGUAUGAUCCAUGAAGUCAAUAAAUUGGACUUGCUCAAAUUAAAAACAUUUGCUCUGCAAAAACCCUUUUGAGUGGUUAAAGAGACAAACUACAAACUGGGAGAAAAUAUUUGCAAACCACAUGUCUACCAAAGAACUUAAAUCAAGAAUACAUAAAGAACUCUCAAAACUCAGCAUAAAAAAUAAUCCAGUUAGAAAAUGGGCAGAAGACAUGAAGAUAACUUUCAUUAAAGAGGAUAUAUGGAUGGCAAAUAAAGCCUAGUCAUUAGGAAAAUUCAAGUACAAAUUAAGAUAAUGAUCACUAAACAAAUGUAUCAGUCUGUUCAGGCUACUACCAAACUUUCACAGACUGGAUAGCUUAAAAACAACAUUUAUUUCUCAUAAUUCUGGAGGCUUGGAAGUUCAAGAUCAAGGCAACGUCUGACAAGGUUUGUUGUCUGGUGAGAGUCCAAUUCCUGUCUUCUGAUUGUGUCCUCACAUGGUAGAAGGGAUCCUCCCUCUCUGGGGCCUCUUUUGUAAGGGAAUUAAUACCAUUCAUGGGGCUCUGCCUUAAUGACCUAAUUCCCUCCCACAGGCCUCACCUCCAAAUACCAUCACAUUGGGGGUUGGGUUUCAACAUAUAAAUUGGGGGAAAGGGGAGACAGAAACAUUCAGUCUGUAAGUAUUAGAACAGCUAAAAUUAAAAAUAGUGACACCACCAGAUGCUAACAAGGUUGCCCAGAAAUUGGAUCUCUCAUACAUUGCUAGUAAGAAUAUAAAUAAAAUGGUAUAGCCACUCUGGAAAAUAGUUUGGCAGUUUCUUAAAAAACUAAACAUGCACUUACUGUAUAACCCAUCAGUUACAUUCCUAGGCAUUUAUUCCAGAGAAAUAAAACUUAACGUCCAUGAAAAAAACCUGUACACAAUUGUUCAUACCACCUCUAUUUGUAAUAGUUAAAAUCUGCACAACCUAGAUGUAAUUCAGUCGGUUAAUGGUGAAAAAAACUGGUAAGUCCAUUCUGUAGAUUAUUAGCUAGAAAUAAAAAGGAACUAACUGAUACAUACAGCAUUUGGAUUGAGCUCAAGGAUAUUAUGCUGAGUGAAAAAAGCCAGUCCCAAAAGAUUACAUGCUGUAGGAUUCCAUUUGUGUCACCUUCUCAAAAUAACAGAAUUAGAGAGAUGGAAAACAGAUCAGUGGUUGUCAGAGUUAAGGAGAAGGGGCUGGAUAUGACGUUAAAAGCUAGCAUUAGGGAGAUCUCUGUGGUGACCGAAUAGUUCUGUACUAUAAUAUUAUAAGAUGUAACCUUUGGGUAAAAGGUACACAGGACCCUUCUGUACUAUCUUUGCAACUUCCUGUGACUCUUUAAUUAAUAAGGUUAAAAACUACCCCAAGAAAAAUAAUUAUUUUGUUCUUUUCUUUUCAUGUGUGUGUGUGUGUGUGUGUGUGUGUGUGUGUGUGUGAGAGAGAGAGAGAGAGAGAGAGAGAGAGAGAGAGAAACCUAUAUACUAUCAUUUAGAGUAAGAUGCCUAGGAGCUUGG